GGCCGUCUUGUGAAUGAGGGGCACCUGGAAACCGCCUGCACAUUUACUGUGCGCCAGGGAGCCCCACAGCAGAGCAAAAGUGUGAGAGGAGAGUGCGGCGCCCUCGGAGUGACCAGCGGAGCGGCCCUCGCUUGCGUGUGAGUCGUGCACUGGAGAGCUGGCCGUGAGCCGGAAAAGCGACAGGAGAAAAGCGCUCAAGACCGCCGAGGAGAAACGUAAAGUGCAGAUCCGCUAAGUCGUCCCGCUGGAGCUGAGCGCCGAGCAGCCUGUGGCGCGUGCACGUGAAGUGAGGAGCGGAGCGGAGAGCGGCCGCAGGUGAAGCCCCCGGUGCCGAGCGUGUGAUCUGGGCAGCGCAGUUCAGGAGUGGCUGACGAGUGGACCUGCAAGCGCCCCGGACCGGCCGCCUUUGGGAGAAAGUGAAGUGAGAAGCGGGGCGCUCACCCGACCGGGGACUGUGCACGGCCGCUAACGGAACUUAACGUAAAGCGAGAAGGAAAGCGAACUUUGGGAUUGCUGCCCUUGUGGAGCCGUAAGGCGGCCAUCGGGAUACGAGCCAAGCCCCGUGUACGUGUGAACUCCUGCCAGCCGGACCGAGGCAUGGGGGGAGGGGGGUCCUGAGCAGCUGCUUUCAGUGGUCGCGAUUUGAGGAGCGCGCUGCUCGCACCCUUUGCUCGGGCUGACCCGCUACCCCGUCCGGCAGCUCUUAUUUUUUUUUUUCCUCCUCGGACUUUCUGAAGACCCCUUUGGGAUUUGUGAGUGGGACCCACUGGGCCCAGAUACCCCCCGCAGCUCCAACAUGGACCACCACCUCCGGACUGUUUACCUGCCGACGCUCUGUGUGCUCCUGGCCCUUAGCCGCUCCAUGGCCCAAUACCAUGGCGAGAAGGGCAUCUCGGUGCCCGAGCACGGUUUCUGCCAACCCAUCUCCAUCCCGCUUUGCACAGACAUCGCCUACAACCAGACCAUCAUGCCCAAUUUGCUUGGGCAUACCAACCAGGAGGACGCAGGGCUGGAGGUGCACCAGUUCUACCCGCUGGUCAAGGUGCAGUGCUCGCCCGAGCUCAAGUUCUUCCUGUGCUCCAUGUACGCCCCCGUGUGCACCGUCCUGGAGCAGGCCAUCCCACCCUGCAGGUCCCUGUGCGAGCGUGCUCGCCAAGGCUGCGAGGCCCUCAUGAACAAGUUCGGAUUCCAGUGGCCGGAGCGGCUGCGCUGCGAGAACUUCCCGGUCCACGGUGCCGGAGAGAUCUGCGUGGGCCAGAACACGUCGGACGCCGCCAACCCCACCGCCUACCCGACCUCCUACUUGCCGGACUUCAUCACCCUGCCGUCGCAUCCCGGACCCGCUCACCAGCCGUUUAUGUGCCCGCGGCAGCUCAAGGUGCCCACCUACCUCAACUACCACUUUCUCGGGGAGAAGGACUGCGGCGCGCCCUGCGAGCUCAAGAAGCAGAACGGGCUCAUGUACUUCCGGGAGGAGGAGGUCAAGUUUGGACGCCUCUGGGUGGGCAUCUGGUCCAUCCUGUGCUGCCUGUCCACCCUGUUCACGGUGCUGACCUACCUGGUGGACAUGAGGCGCUUCCGCUACCCCGAGAGGCCCAUCAUCUUCUUGUCGGGCUGCUACUUCAUGGUGGCCGUGGCCUACGCGGCCGGCUUCCUGCUGGAGGACAAAGUGGUCUGCAUCGACAAGUUUGGCGACGACAGCUACCGGACCGUGGCGCAGGGCACCAAGAAGGAGGGCUGCACCAUCCUCUUCAUGAUUCUGUACUUCUUUGGCAUGGCCAGCUCCAUCUGGUGGGUCAUCCUGUCCCUCACGUGGUUCCUGUCCGCCGGCAUGAAGUGGGGACACGAGGCCAUCGAGGCCAACUCUCAGUACUUCCACCUGGCCGCCUGGGCCGUGCCCGCCAUCAAGACCAUCACCAUCUUGGCCAUGGGGCAGGUGGACGGGGACCUCCUGACGGGGGUGUGCUACGUGGGCAUCUACAGUGUGGACUCGCUGCGGGGCUUUGUCUUGGCGCCCCUCUUUGUUUACCUGUUCAUUGGCACCUCGUUCCUCCUGGCGGGUUUCGUCUCGCUCUUUCGGAUCAGGACCAUCAUGAAGCACGACGGCACCAAAACGGAAAAGCUGGAGAAGCUGAUGGUGCGCAUUGGCGUCUUCAGCGUCCUGUACACGGUGCCCGCCACCAUCGUCAUCGCCUGUUACUUCUAUGAGCAGGCCUUCCGGCAGCAGUGGGAGAAGACCUGGCACAUGCAGGUCUGCAAGGCCUUUGCCAUUCCGUGCCCGGCCAAUAAUUUUGCUCAGAUGACGCCGGACUUCACUGUAUUUAUGAUCAAAUACCUGAUGACCAUGAUUGUGGGAAUCACCUCGGGCUUCUGGAUAUGGUCGGGGAAGACCCUGCAGUCGUGGCGUCGGUUUUACAGCCGGCUUGGCAGUGCCAACCAAGGGGAGACGACAGUUUGACAGGCCUGGCCGAUCGCAUGUGAACUGUGGGCAGCUGGACAGUUACUUUUACUAAAGCUGGAUGCUGUGGUCGGGUGGCACUGCCAGGCAGAGACUGGCACCACAGACUCUUCAGGACACUUUUGGCUGUUUGUGAAUAACUUGAGGCCGGGGGGAUGCCAUUUCUGCCCCGGGCUCCUUUUGUUUAAUGACUGAUUUGGUCGGCUCGAGUGACCCUCUUUGAGGACUCGGAGUGACCUGUGUGACAAUCCUGUGUCCCCUUGGCGUGGACGGACACUCGCGCGCGGACUGCUUUGUAAAUAUCCUCUCGCCUGUUUAUUUUUUAAGGAGAUAUUUUAUGUAUUUAUGAAGCCCAUUUGCUGGUUUUUACUUGAGCCCCAUGGCUAGAAGUGCCCCCCGUUUUUCUUACUGUAACGUUUACACGACCUCGGAAUAAAAUGAAGCCGAUUUUA